AUGGUGGAGAUCCCUGUGCAGAGGCCUCCUGCAGUGCUGGGCUUGGGGGACUGGAGAAUCAUAGAAACACUCAGGUUGGGAGAGCCCCUCAGGCUCCCCAAGCCCGAGGGAGAGCCCCUCAGGCUCCCCAAGCCCGAGGGAGAGAGCCUCAGGCUCCCCAAGCCCGAGGGAGAGCCCCUCAGGCUCCCCAAGCCCGAGGGAGGGAGCCUCAGGCUCCCCAAGCCCGAGGGAGAGCGCCUCAGGCUCCCCAAGCCCGAGGGAGAGCGCCUCAGGCUCCCCAAGCCCGAGGGAGAGCCCCUCAGGCUCCCCAAGCCCGAGGGAGAGCCCCUCAGGCUCCCCAAGCCCGAGGGAGAGCCCCUCAGGCUCCCCAAGCCCGAGGGAGGGAGCCUCAGGCUCCCCAAGCCCGAGGGAGAGCGCCUCAGGCUCCCCAAGCCCGAGGGAGAGCCCCUCAGGCUCCCCAAGCCCGAGGGAGGGAGCCUCAGGCUCCCCAAGCCCGAGGGAGAGCCCCUCAGGCUCCCCAAGCCCGAGGGAGAGCCCCUCAGGCUCCCCAAGCCCGAGGGAGGGAGCCUCAGGCUCCCCAAGCCCGAGGGAGAGCCCCUCAGGCUCCCCAAGCCCGAGGGAGGGAGCCUCAGGCUCCCCAAGCCCGAGGGAGAGCCCCUCAGGCUCCCCAAGCCCGAGGGAGGGAGCCUCAGGCUCCCCAAGCCCGAGGGAGAGCGCCUCAGGCUCCCCAAGCCCGAGGGAGAGAGCCUCAGGCUCCCCAAGCCCGAGGGAGAGCCCCUCAGGCUCCCCAAGCCCGAGGGAGGGAGCCUCAGGCUCCCCAAGCCCGAGGGAGAGCCCCUCAGGCUCCCCAAGCCCGAGGGAGAGAGCCUCAGGCUCGCCAAGCCCGAGGGAGAGCCCCUCAGGCUCCCCAAGCCCGAGGGAGAGCCCCUCAGGCUCCCCAAGCCCGAGGGAGAGCCCCUCAGGCUCCCCAAGCCCGAGGGAGGGAGCCUCAGGCUCCCCAAGCCCGAGGGAGAGCGCCUCAGGCUCCCCAAGCCCGAGGGAGAGCCCCUCAGGCUCCCCAAGCCCGAGGGAGAGCCCCUCAGGCUCCCCAAGCCCGAGGGAGAGAGCCUCAGGCUCGCCAAGCCCGAGGGAGAGCCCCUCAGGCUCCCCAAGCCCGAGGGAGAGCCCCUCAGGCUCCCCAAGCCCGAGGGAGAGCGCCUCAGGCUCCCCAAGCCCGAGGGAGGGAGCCUCAGGCUCCCCAAGCCCGAGGGAGAGCGCCUCAGGCUCCCCAAGCCCGAGGGAGAGCCCCUCAGGCUCCCCAAGCCCGAGGGAGAGAGCCUCAGGCUCGCCAAGCCCAACCACUAA